AUGAAGAGCGGCCGGUAUCUUCCUCCAUACACGACAUGGUUUCCAUUUGAAGAGAAUUCCAAGAGGGGUCAUCAUUCCACGGAGAGUCAAGGAAUAAGGCUGCUCAAGAGCACAGUCUUGUCACAACUCUCCUACUUGACCAUCUUUGUGAUCGCCAUCUGCAUCACCGAGAGGAGAAAGCUCAAAGAAGAUCCCCUGAACUUCAACGUGCUCAGCAUUGUUGUCGAAGUCGUCAGUGCUUAUGGAAAUGUUGGUUUCUCAAUGGGCUACAGCUGCAGCAGGCAGAUCAAUCCAGAUGGAGUCUGUACAGACAGAUGGACUGGUUUUGCCGGGAGGUGGAGCGACUCCGGCAAACUCAUACUCAUUGUUGUGAUGUUCUUUGGGAGGCUUAAGAAGUUCAGCAUGAAAGGAGGCAAAGCCUGGAAGCUUAGUUAG